AUGGACUCGAACGAAGAACAAGAGUGGGUCCCAUUGAAGAAUAGACCGGAGUGGUCGAACGUCCUUCCGGUUGAGCAAGACGACGGCCUGAACCCGGUCGUCCCCAUAGCCUACAAGGAAGAGUUCACAGAGACCAUGAACUAUUUUCGAGCCUUCUACAGAGCCGAUGAGCGAUCCCCUCGUGCCCUUCAGCUCACCACGGAAGCCAUCAAAUUGAACUCAAGAAACUACACUGUUUUAAAAGAUUUGAUGCAGCAUCUACCAGAUCCUCUAGUUGCAUAUUGUGAUAAUAUGUUUGCUUUGGCUCUUAGCUCAAAUCCAGUAUACAAUUCCAGAAUUAAACACUUGGACAUUGAUUUCCAUUUUGUAAGGGAGCGAGUGCAGAAGAAGGAUUUGCUAGUUUAG